AUGUUCCUUCGCCCAUGUUUGCUGGUCCGGUGUCGAGUAAAAGCUCCUAAAGCACUAGGAAUCCGUUUGUAUAGUAACUUGAAAGACAAUGAUAAACCGCGACCUAACCCUAUCAUGGACAACACGAAAGCAGAAUCGCUAAAUCCGUACUUAUCCACAAUACGCCAAAAGUGGGCCAUUUCUACUAAACAACUCAAACAUUUCUCAUCCCAAGUCAAGAAGCAUGCAGAUAAAGCCAAGCUAGCCAUUCAGGAAGCUAAUCAAAAACUUCUGGCAGCCGAGCAAAAGGAAAAGGAUAAUAGACUGGGCUUCGAUACAGAUGUGGAGACUAAGGGAAGAAUCGAGGGCCUUCCGUCUGAAAGAGAACGAUCAAGAACCAGAUGGGCCAAGAAACUGGAGUUUUAUUUCGACUCUUUGCAAGAGACAAUAUUUACGGCCACUAGGGCCUUAAAUGACGUUACUGGUUAUUCUAGUAUCCAGAAAUUACGGAAAAGUAUCGAGCUUAUGGAAAGACAAUUAGAAACUACUAAACUGGAUGUGAGAAACUCCAAAUUGCUGUACAAUGCGGCAAUCGAAGUUCGCGCCAAAUCUCAGAGCGAAGUUAGCGAAUUACUGCAACGAAAGAACUCUUGGUCUCCACAAGAUCUUGAGCGGUUUACACUUUUGUAUAAAGACGACAGCCUCAAUUCAAAGCGCGAAGAAGAGGCUAAGAAUCGUUUACAAGAAGUCGAAGCUCGAGAAGAGGAACUCUCUGACAGCUUGUAUCGAGCAAUAUUAACACGUUAUCACGAAGAGCAGAUAUGGUCCGACAAGAUUCGGAGAACCUCAACCUGGGGAACCUUCAUACUUAUGGGUAUGAAUAUUUUACUCUUUUUGGUGUUUCAAUUACUGUUAGAGCCUUGGAAGCGGCGUAGGCUUGUUGGAAGUUUUGAAGACAAAGUUAAACUAGCACUUGAUGAGCAAGCAACUUUGCAAAGCACACGCUUGACCGAAAUGUCUGACUACAUUUCUACUAGCCUCGAUAAGAACGCGUAUCAAGGCAAACAAUUUGCAAUGACUGAAACUAUUACUCCAGAUAAGUCACCACAGCAAAAUGAAACCAUUUUUCAAGGGCAAUCAGACUUAAGGUCACUCGAAAAAUACUGGCCCUAUCUGCCGCAUAUAAUUGCUCGUCAAUUGGCAAAUCUGUCAAUCUGGACUCAAAAUUUCGUGAAAAAACUUUAUCAAAUUCCAAAAAAGCAGCUUGAUGCUACAUCUGCAUUUACGACUGUCGAACUCUAUGUGUACGGCAUGUUGUUCGCAUCAAUAGGCUACGCCACUUCUGCAUUACUGUGA